CAGGGAGGAGGAGACCCGGCUCCCUGAGGAGGAGAGAGCGCAGAGGCCAAAGGCCUGGGUGAGCGUGGGUAGCAUCUGCACCUCUCUGUGCCAAGAGAGUCCACAGAUCUCUGGGGACUAGGGUCUUCAUAGCCCCUUCCAAGAGCUGAAGAGCCUUUGUGAUAUCAGCGGUUGAUGGGGGGCAGGCUUCCACAGCCGGCCCUGAAGAGUAGCAGUGGCCGCACAGCCAUUCACAUGGAACACCCACCCAGGGGUGAAGGAAACACUGAGACGCAGAGGAAUCAAGCAGAGCUCUGCCAGCAAGAGCUCAUCAACCCACUACAAAGACAGAUGCAUCCACAGGUCCCUGGCUGUCGGGCCCCAGUACUCAUCUCUGGGGACGCAGCCCAUCCUCUGCGCCAGCAUCCCAGGCCUGGUCCCCAAGCAGCUGCGUUUCUGCCGGAACUAUGUGGAGAUCAUGCCCAGUGUGGCAGAGGGCAUCAAGAUCAGCAUCCAGGAGUGCCAACACCAGUUCCGUGGCCGCCGGUGGAACUGCACCACUGUCAACAACAGCCUGGCCAUCUUUGGCCCUGUGCUGGACAAAGCCACCCGGGAGUCAGCCUUUGUGCACGCCAUCGCUUCCGCCGGCGUAGCCUUCGCUGUGACACGCUCGUGCGCCGAGGGCUCCGCUGCCAUCUGCGGCUGCAGCAGCCGCCACCAGGGCUCGCCCGGUGAGGGCUGGAAGUGGGGCGGCUGCAGUGAGGACAUCGAGUUCGGAGGGAUGGUGUCUCGGGAGUUCGCAGACGCGCGGGAGAACCGACCAGACGCUCGCUCCGCCAUGAACCGCCACAACAAUGAGGCUGGGCGCCAGGCCAUCGCCAGCCACAUGCACCUCAAGUGCAAGUGCCAUGGGCUCUCGGGCAGCUGUGAGGUGAAGACCUGCUGGUGGUCGCAGCCCGACUUCCGUGCCAUUGGUGACUUCCUCAAGGACAAGUAUGACAGCGCCUCGGAGAUGGUGGUGGAGAAGCACCGUGAGUCGCGCGGCUGGGUGGAGACCCUGCGGCCACGCUACACCUACUUCAAGGUGCCCACAGAGCGCGACCUGGUCUACUACGAGGCCUCGCCCAACUUCUGUGAGCCCAACCCCGAGACGGGAUCCUUCGGCACGCGCGACCGCACCUGCAACGUGAGCUCCCACGGCAUAGAUGGCUGCGACCUGCUGUGCUGUGGUCGCGGCCACAACGCACGCACCGAGCGGCGUAGGGAGAAGUGCCACUGCGUUUUCCACUGGUGCUGCUACGUGAGCUGCCAGGAGUGCGCGCGCAUCUACGACGUGCACACCUGCAAGUAGUGGGCGCCGCACCGGGCUGGGGGUCCUCCCGGUGGCGGCGGGGGGACUCCUCCAUGGAUGGGGCGGGGCUCUGGGAUGGAGCUCCUGGAGGGUGGCGGGGUCCUCCGUGGUAGGGCAGGGGUGAGGCUCAUGAGUGGGAUGGAGUUCUUCCCGACAGGUGUGGGGCCCUU